GGAGCCGAAGCUCGAGUGUCUUUCUUCGGAAAAGAAUCGUUAAAAUUCAUAAGUCUUAAACUUCUGUCCUCACACUAAAUAUACAAAGGCUGGAUGGUUGAUAGUUUUGAGUAGAAAUCGUUAUUUGGUGCUGUUUAUUUUGGUUUUGGUAAUCGGCGGAAUUGUACAGGUUCUGACAAAAAGACUGUAAUAGUAAUCGAUUGAAGCCUCGCUUUGAGUACAAGUAGACCACAAGUCAGUCAUAAAUAUUUUGAGUUUUGCACGAUUCUUCCUCGAAUCUGUUUACUAUUGAACCUGCACAAGUAGACAAAGCUACACCAUAGUGUUGUGUUACAUAUUACAAGGAUUUCUUAGAGCUAUCAGCAGGGAAAUUCUACAUUGGAUGUCAUGUAAGAUUGCGGUUUGCCUAGAUUUACUUCUCGACAUCUCUCUAUGACUGACAUUUGCAGCGAGAAGUGACUCACAGAAUAACGACAUUCUUGAUUCACUUAAUACCUUAACUACCAAUCGUGAACGGAAUAAGGAUUAUUAGCUGAAUUUCUAUAACACUGCUGUAUUUGGGGCUGAUUCAAAGUCAAGCUUUUGCUCGAGAACUGCAUCAUACUUCGAGGUUGCAGAGGAAGGCUAUCGAGACAGAGGGUCCCAACUAUAACUGAUGCUGAAUACGUGAAUGUGUGACCCAGUUUGCCGUACUUGUAUUUUUAAGAUAUCUAUGGGUCAGUGAUUGUUCUUAAGAUAUCUUCAAACUAUCCUUUCACUCCAAAAUCCAGCAAAUCUUCAGUACUUGAGGCACUUUUGUAUACAUCGAUGGCUCUUCGCCGGAAACCCCRUUGUAUAGCACGUAUGCACGUCAUCUCAACUCAUUUGUAACAAUCCUAAUAGUGAUUCCAAUGGCAACAAAAAGAAAAUCUUCUAUCUGAACGCCAUUCAAGACGAUUAGGGAUAUUGAAUUCCCUUGCAAUGCAUCCAAUGAGAUCUCAAGAUGAUAUUGAGGCUCUUCGACAAAGUUAUAUGUACCAUAAAGAUGACGAUUUAAGGAGGAGUACUGGAUCAAUAUAUGGGGGUGACAGCCCAACCAAAGCCAAACCACCUACAGGAAUGCAUGUAAGAAGCAAUAGUGACACCAGUGAGAUCAACUUUGAAAGACUCAGACAUACCUAUGAACUGUCAGUCACUGAGCCAAGAUCUCCUACUGGAGAAAGCUUCUUCGCUAUCGUACAGAGGUUUGAAGAGAACAUUAAGAAUGAGAAACGCACAACAAGGAAAAGGGUAGAUGGUUCUACUUUUAUAGAGAAUUUGCGAGAGCACAGCAACCAUAUUGUUGGUUCAUCGGCAAGUCCUACGAUAGAGAAAAAGACUCCUAUUCUAAAACGUAAAAACUCGCUUCGUUCAAACACUACAUCAUUUUUUAGGAUUAAGAAAAGCUAUGACAGCAAAGAGGAAUUUGAAUCAAGUGAUAGUACACUUCCAACGAGGAAAUACUUAGCUCAUUAUGACUGUCAGAGCUUGUUGUUAGAUUACGAGGACCAAGCUCAGCGUAGAGCAAAAUAUGGUGAUGGAAUGCGUCGUAGGAAUACUCGUUCUGGUGCAUCUGCAGCAUCUGCAAAAAUAACUGCAGCACAGCGUGCUGAUUUGAAAGGUUCUGAUUCAAGUCUGGAUAAUGUAGAUGAAGUAGCUGACGUUGGAGACAAUAAAUCCAAUGAACUUGUUCAUAAUUGUCCAUAUUUUAGAAAUGAACUUGGUGGAGAAGAUGAUCUAGAUCCACAAAUUAGCUUAACUAGGGAUAAUACUGCAUUUCUAAAUCCGAAUGACAUGUCAACUCCCAAAGAUCCUAAGCUAAAUGCAGUAAAGCGGAGGUCAACCUUAGACAUUUUAUUGACAGCUUAUGAUUCUGCUCGGCAAGGCAAGCUAAGGAGUGGUACAGGAGUAACUAUACUUGACAAUUCAAAGCCAGAAAGUGGAUCAUUAUACCUUGGUGAGGGAGGCAGCUGGUCAGAUGAUGAAGGGAAAAUGGUGUUUGAGCAUGCUGAUCAUGGAGCAUACUACUAUAGGAAUUUCUUUGUUGGACAAGAACAUCUGACAUAUCUUGGAAUGGAUGAGAGGCUUGGUCCUGUAGCCAUUUCUUUGAAAAGAGAAAAAAUCGAUGAAAACACUUCCUUGGUGAAAAAUGAUACCGAUGGCCAAGGAACACAGUAUCAAUACCGCAUUAUUAUUAGAACCUCUGAGCUCACUACUUUAAGAGGCAAUCUUUUAGAAGAGGCUAUCCCGUCUACGUCACGGCAUGGCACUGCAAGAGCUCUUCCUGCUAAAGAUAUUUUAGAAUACGUUGCUCCUGAAAUACAGCUUUCAUGUCUCCGAUUAGGCCAUCCUGGAAUCAAGAUACCAGAAAUGCUGAUGAAACUUGAUGAACAAGGGAUGACAAAUCAGUAUAAAGUUGGGGUCUUAUACUGUAGAGCUGGUCAGUCCACAGAGGAAGAAAUGUACAAUAAUCAAGAAUCUGGUCCAGCCUUUGAGGAAUUUCUAGAUUUGAUUGGCAAGAAAGUUAGGCUGAAAGGAUUUACUGGGUACAGAGCACAGCUUGAUAACAGAAAUGACUCAACAGGAGAAUAUUCAGUUUAUACCACCUUUCAUAAUAGAGAAAUUAUGCUCCAUGUUUCAACAUUGUUGCCAUGGACACCAAAUAAUAAACAACAGCUUUUAAGAAAACGACACAUUGGUAAUGACAUUGUCACAAUAGUUUUCCAAGAACCUGGAGCUUUGCCAUUUACUCCUAAAAAUGUUCGCUCACACUUCCAGCAUGUUUUUAUUGUUGUUCGGGUAUAUAAUCCAUGCAGUGAUUCAACAUAUUACAAAGUGUCUGUAAGUAGAUCUAAAGAUGUCCCUCCAUUUGGUCCACCUAUACCGGCAUCGUCAAAGUUUGGAAAGCAAAAGGCAUUCGCCAACUUCCUUCUGACCAAGAUAAUUAAUGCUGAGAAUGCAGCACACAAAUCAGAGAAAUUCAGCACCAUGGCAACUCGCACAAGACAUGAAUACCUUAAGGAUUUGGCUACAAACUAUUUGACAAAUACAACCCUAGAGUCUGGGGCAAGCAAGUCAUCAUUUGGAAAAUUCUCUUUAUCAGGGAAAAAGAAAGAAAAAGUCCAUCCUCCCAUUUGUCCUGAGCGAGUUGUUCGAGGAGGGCUAGUCUGGAGUGUUCAGGUUGAAGAUUACAGAAACUCCACCAUGAUUGAUUGUAUUAUGGCAAUAUCUUCAGAUACGCUAGUUCUUGUUGAUUCAUCGAGCAAGGAGGCAUUAUUCAGCGUACCUACCAAGGCCAUUAUAGGAUGGACGUCAUUGUCGUCGAGCAUCAAAGUGUUUUAUGGUGGUGGUGACUGCCUGGUCCUCAACAUCCCAACCUCAGAUUCUGAUGAUCUGCCUGAGAUUGUUCGUAGACUAGAGGCUGUGACUAUUGGUUGCCAGACGCAGACGAUAACGCUUCGUCGUAACGUUCAUGGUCAACUUGGUUUUCACGUACAGUAUGAAGGUUUGGUGGCUGAUGUUGAACCUGGCGGCUAUGCCUGGCAAGCUGGGCUGAGACACGGGUGUAGAUUAGUAGAGAUCAAUGGGCUGAUAAUGGCCACGUUAACCCACGAACAGAUGAUUGAGAUUCUGAGAAAACCUGGUUCGGUGACAGUAGUUGUCGUAUCUCCACUUCCCAGUGGGAAACCCAGAAAAGGUGUUCAGGCUUCCAAUCAACAUUACUGGUGGUCGGCCAGAUCUUCUACGAGUACCAUCUCGUCAUAUGGUGGCAGCGCCACGUCCGUAGGAGAUGAUCACGAAUCACGUGAUCAUUCGGCCUAUUAUCUCACGGCUCCUCCAAGAGUGGCGCCAAAAAGUCAGUCUAAGAGAUCGGGUGACGAAAUGGAGACGGACGGAAGUUCUAGCAUCAUUUCAAACCUAAAACCUCACCGAUCACGUGAGGAUACCCGUUCGACCAACAGCUCGAUAUCGUCCGUCACUGGAAGUUCCUCGACUCUCAACGACGAUGGGCGUGCCCACACCCCUUCGUACGGUGCUGCCUACAAAAUCACGGUGACACCUGGCAACGAAAAUGAUUUCAGGACCCCAAUUAACCACGGAUCACAGGGCUCAUCUAGUUCGUAUGAGAAUUUGAAUCCUCCAAGGCCGAAGUGGAGUGGAGUUUCGCCGGUCGUGGAGAAGGAAAGGAAUCCCGUACCUAGUUCUGUGGGAGUCACCUUAAAAGCUCCUACUUCUAAAGGGACACUCUAUGUUAUAGCAAGUGGGCCUCAGUCGCCAGGUGUCAGCCCGAAGCCCCCAGAGACGCCUUUAUUCGGCAGCACCUCGCAGCGUUCAGAUCGUCAUCGACGAAAUGUAUUGAACGAUCAUGACGUUUUAGAUGGCGAGGCUAUAGUAUUGGAUCCAUCGUCAGUAAGAAAUGGCGAGAAUAACUAUGAUUCACAUCAACGAUUUGCGUACGACACCCCUAAAGACAACCUAAAGGAGAAAAGCAAUGGCGAGAAUAAAAAAGUUCCUUAUAAGGAGACUACACUUGGUGCUGUUGUGACCACAACUAGCACGUAUACGCACGAGAAUGAAGAACUCAACGAGGCGUCUAUGACUGAGACAAUGGAUAAGAUUGAAAAGGCCUUUGGUUUCAAGACGCCCAACGUGACUGACUCACCAAGGUACGAUUAUGGUCAGUUUGAUAGAACCUCCAACCUUAGAAAAAGCGGCCGAAAAAGUCCAAGAGGAUCCACUGAAGAUCUUAAACUAAGACAACGAGAAAGGUCUUCAGAAUCCCUUAACAGGCAUGAAAACGAACAAGAACAAGUCAGAAAGGAGGGUAACAUGACACCGACGAUUGUCGCGCAUGAAAUAAAGAGCGAAAUGGCAAGGGCGUUGUCCCAUGAGGAGCUCCAGGUACAACUGAUACUGGAGGAGUUACAACAGGCGGAGAAAGACCUCGGUGGUACAGAGGGAAGGAUCCAAACUGUUGUCGAAGUGUCUCGCGGGAACACAGAAGUUAUCCGCGAAAGCACGACGAAGACCAAGGAGUAUGGUGCACGGUUAGCUCAAAGAAAUAACGUUAUUGAGCGACUAGAAAGCCAGAGACAUGCUUUAGGGAAUGAAGGGGUGGAAGGGUUAAAGAUCUACCAUGCUAAAAGCCGUAGUACGCCUGCAGAUGUCAGCAAGGCGCAAGUGAAUGCGGUUGAAAAAGUUUCUAGAAGUAAACACGUGUCAUCGCAGAAUGAUUUAACGGGAAGGUCUAAAUCUGGUGAUGAAGUGUACGCUACUUCAUCAAGGACUAAAGAUACUAGUGAACCAGUUCAACGGCGUCACAGUAGGCGAAAACGAAGUGAGAGACUAGAACCAACAGAGCGACCCCCCAUCCCGAGAACACCCGAAGCUCGUAUUGUAAAACCUGUGGUAAGAUCCGAAAGAAAGAUAAAAUUGUCCAGUUCAGGAGGUUCUGGUUUAUCAGACGAAAAAGCAUCAACUCUUCCUAGGUAUAAAUCAAGUCGCAAACAUCGCUACGUCUCCAGGCAACCGAAUGAUAGCGACUCAUCAGAUGAGGACUUAAGGGCAGGGGCAGGUUCGCGGGAUCUUAGUAGGACUGAUACCAAAGAGGUCAAGCCCACGUUUGACAGAACCACCAAGUCGACUAGUUUCCCGCGGGAUGGAGAAGAACAAAGGGGAAGAUCCUCAGGGGACAAUCGUACCCAUAAAUACCCACACUUAAAAGGAGCCCGUAUAACGAAGUUAAAAUUAAGUGCCAGCGAGGAACCGACCGAUUCUGUGGUCGAUCAAACCGCGCGCCUUUUAAGUGCUACAGCAGAAACCAAACACGAUUCGAAUUUUGUUGUCACCCAAGAUGUACUACAUUCGCUGACGCAGGCGUCAGAUUUGUUGUCCAAGAACCAGUCCACCGUCAGAGACGAUAAAGACAGAAUCGAACGAAGAGAAAGAGAUAAGAAUAAGGAACGAGAGAAGAAGGAGAAGGCGAUGGCAAAAAUUAAAAGUCAUGGUCGUGGCAAAUCACAUGGACCACACAAGUUUCACAUCCCUGUCGUGCCAAGAAGRCAUAGUUUCGAUGACCGGUUAUUAGCCAACACUGCAAGUAAGCCAUCAGGUGGAGAAAGUUCUUUUACAAGAGAGAGUAUUGGUCGUGAAGCAGAGCUAGAAAUGAAGUUAGCUAUUGUAUCGAAUGCCCUGAUGAAGGAGGGUGAAGAAAAGCAACGCGUGGAAUCAGAUUUGAAAAGGGCACUAAAAGAAAACAAGAAACUGAACGAAAACCUACGGACAGCAUCCAGUCAGCUGAGGAAAUUCACCGAAUGGUUUUUUCGUAAUGUUGAACAAAACAACUCAUAGCCAAAUUAUUCCUAUUAGUAGAAUUAACCUAUGGGUGGGAAGGGAAGGGAUAAAAGAGACCCCACGACGACGUUUUCUUGAAGUAAACAGUACCACCUUAUGUUGAAAUAAAAACGAGGCUAUCACUGACAAGACCGUCGACCACUCCGAAUUUCGAAGAAUUCAGUGCAAUAUCAUUUUUUAUUGUCUUGUUGCGUUUUAUUCGUUUUUUAAUKGUCGGGAAAAACUUCCCUAGUGAAUAUUGCAUACUUGACAUCACAGCCUACGCUUAGCUUAGUCCAUCAAUAUACUGAAGUAAAACUUAUAACACAAAGAAAGAAAUCGAGUUCUCUUAGUAGAAAACUAACGAGUAUAAUAAAGUUUAGUAAAGUAUAGGCAAUUAUUAAAGUCAAAAUGAUUCAUCCGUUUAAUGAAUGAAUGAACUAUUUUAACACUGGGUAAGGGUGGCUUGAUGUACAUAUGAUAAAUAUAUUAAAAUUAUUUUACUGAAUAAUAUCUAAUAACUAGUUUCAAGUUACGAGUUAUCUAGUUUCUUUCAAUUCUCAAGACUGUUUAUAUACCGCUCUAGAUAUGGUAUAUAAUUAAAGUGCUUAUAAGCCUUUACACAAUAUUUUCAGAAUUGAUUCUUUAAAUAGUGAAUAGUUGAUUGUGAAAACGUAACAAGGGAUUUGAGUUAUUUUGUGGUAAUUUUUAUUAUUGAACGCUGGACAUUUUUUGAAAACAAAAUUGUAAGAAACUUUACGUGAGUCACGAGUAAAAGGGUAAUGCUUUUAAAAUACUGUAUUCCAGAACGAGUGCGGUGUUGUAUAUCAAAUGAUCCCUUAUGUUACRUCAUAGUCAUUAACAUAUUGGGAAUAUAAACCUUCGUAUCUCAAAGACCCGACAUUCAAAUGACGAAAUAUUUUCACAAUUAACUAUGCACUAUCUAAAGAAUCAAUUCUGAAAAUAUYGUGCAAAGGCUUAUAAGCACUUUAAGUGAUAUGCCAUUAUCAGGACUGAUGUGUUUAUAUUGUCUAUAUUAUGAUAUUGCUAGAUCUUUGUUGCUUUAUGAAGUCUUCUUAGAUUUUGUGCUUGCACAGGUUUCGAAAGCUUUUUGGUGGUAUUUUUAGUAAGAAAUAGAUUUUACUUUUGUUCAAAAGAAAGAAAUUUACUUAAUGUAUUAUUAUUAUUAUUGCAAUAAUAAAAUAAGUAUAAUAUAACAUUACCAUGUGCUUCAUAAUCAGAAAAUAGGCAUCACAAUGACCUCAUGGUACCAACGUAUUGUUUGAAUCAAGACUUUAUGGAAUGCCAAGGGGGCAACUAUUCGAAAAUUUAUAGAUGUCAGGAUGUCUUUUUAUACAACUUUGCGCUUUUCAACGAAAAUUACAUCUAUAAAAAGAAAAUAAAUUUGCUGGUAGUUGGAACAAAAUGCGAAACACAAAGACUUCAAAUUAUUUGAAAGCGUUACCCCGCAACCAUAUGCUUUAUACAUUUUUUUCGUUCGCUUCUUUGCCCCCUCCGCAUCCCAUAAUUCAAGAUGGCCGCCGUAUCAGUAAAAAAGUCUAUUUGGGGGCGUAAAACAUUUUUGAUCUCGCGUCUUAAAGUUAGCGUCAAAGUUUCGCGAUCCCGUGGAUCUCAACUGGGAGUUAUUAGUCUUUAUUUCAACUGGGAAAAUGCAAAUUACCUAAUCAACAAAACAAAACAAACUAUGGGAGAUCGAUAGCAAACUUGUACUUUCAAGUAGUUAUUAGGGCAACCUCAAGAUUCCACGGUGAACGAUGCUGUUGCUGUUUAAAAUUCGCAAGGAAAAAUCUCAUUGAAUUUUUUUCUUGAAUAUUGUUUAAUUUUCUUAUUUUCCACAUUCUUGUGUUUCAUAGUUAUAUGUUGGUAGAGUUUUGUACGUUGUUAUUAAAGACAACAUAUAUG